CAAAAACAAACACACUUUUGGCUGUAAACAAAUUUAGAAACUGAGGAUUAAAAAGAAUAAAAUUAAUAAACAGAUAAAAUAACAGAACAGCUCAUGAAACUGGUUCGCAAGCCUUUAAAACCGUUUCGUUACUUAAAACGUUAUUAAUAAAAACUUCUGGAACGACAAUAAAACAUUACAAAAGAAUAAGUAAUUUGUGGGGAUGAAAAAUUUCGAUUUCUUUGUUCUUGGUAAUAGAGCUUAAGAGUAUGGAUGAUUUUCAUUGUCAUGGAAACAUCUUAGAGUCGUCUAACAGUUCUGACAGGGAAUAUGAAGAAGAUCACAGUCGUCAUGGAAACAUCUUUGAUUCGUCUAAUAGUUCUGACAGGGAAUAUGAAGAAGAUCACAGUCGUCAUGGAAACAUCUUUGAUUCGUCUAAUAGUUCUGACAGGGAAUAUGAAGAAGAUCACAGUCGUCAUGGAAACAUCUUUGAUUCGUCUAACAGUUCUGACAGGAAAUAUGAAGAAAAUCAAAGUCGUCAUGGAAACAUCUUUGAUUCGUUUCAUGCUUGUUUAAGACACGGAGGACAAUAUCUCUUAAUGACUUUACCAUCUAAUACGAAUAUAAUUGAAAUUAAACGUUUCUGAAAAUGGAAAAUAAUUUUUUGAUUAUUACUUCAAAACAACAAUGUGUUUCGUUGAAAAAAGGACUGAAAAUGAUUGAGGAAAAACUAAUGUUUGUGUGAUGAAAGAUCCGAAAUAUUCACGCAUGCGCGCGCGUGUGCAUAUGUAUGUUAAAAAAUAUUAAACUGUGAAGAUUUUCGUCACUUUGGACAAAUAUAUAGAAUUAACCACUAAAAACAUGUCCAAUUUGUUCUUUGACGUAAGCUAAAUAUUUUAAUUAGUGACGUUAUGAUGAGUCAUAUGUUUUCGUAACUUUUUCACAUCGGAUAAUUAACGUAUUCGGUCGGCUAUCUGCACGAGCGGAAGGUUAUUAGAGGUUAUAACAUUAAAAUAUUAAAUUUGCAGUAGAAAUCAUGGAAUAACGAGUUACACCAUAUAUUAUAUUUUACACACUUUAUACGAAUCAAAUAGCUUUGAUGUAGAAUGUUGAAAGGCUAAGCCUCUUCUUAUGACAUAUUUUUCAAACUUUUCUUACAAUGAUAACAGUCUACCGAACAAGUGGAUAUAAGCUUAAAUUAAUUUGUACUUAUAUAUACUUAUAUAGAAAUCUUAGAUGCAGAGUUUGGGGAGUUAGGAAAAUACAUUUGUAAAACACACCUUUCCUUAUAUUUGUCACACUUUUCUAGUCCCCUAACUUUCAAUUGGUUGCGUGUUAGAAAUCCUUUUUGUUACUGAAGUAACACAUCAUACGAAAUGUUCUGCUGAAUCAAGCCGUACGUAAGAAAUGGAAGUUUGAUCGUACUCAUAUUCCACGCUUUAGUGGGUACUCACAUGAUGAACCUUUCUUAUUUUGGCUUACUGGUAAGAGGGUUCGUAUAUUUUGGAAGGAGCUGAAACAAAAGGUACAAAUCGAACGUCUUGUCAAAAAGUGAUGAAACAAAACGCAAUUUAUAUAUGGAUAAUAUUAGUUCACGCAAAAUAUUCACUAGUUUGGCAUCUGCCAUUUGUAAUGUUUUUGAUGUUCAUCUAAUCUAUGCUAUUUUCUUACCUGGUAAUAUUUCAAGAAUUAAUAAUCGGUGAUAUGUCAUAUUGUCCAGUUUGUAUAAUUUUGACAAGUGGUUUUAAAGUAAAAUAAAUCAUAUAUAAUGUUUCAAAA